AUAAACGAGAUGACAUUUAUUAUUUUUGUCAGACACUAUCAAGAAACCUAUUUAUUGUUCGUGCGUUUUAUUGUGAAAAAGCAUGACAUUAUGAGUCGUAAAAAUUUGAAUUGACAGUUAAUGAUAUGAUUAGUUUAUAGAACGAAAAAAACCUGUACACUUUAUGCAGUCAGUUUCUUUAAUAAGUAAUAAUGUUUUACGAAAUAUUAAAUUCAUAAGUGAAAAAAAAUGAAUUUUGUUUAUAUUUAUUUUUUAAUUUUUUUGAAAGAUAUACCAAUAUUUUCAUCCGAAUAUACAGAAAAAAAAUUAAUUUCCUCUAAUGGGCAUACAAAAACCUAUUCAAGGGUAUCGGGUAUCCCAGAGGAAAAUAAGCAUACAUAUAAGCCAUUUAAUAUGUCGAAAAAAGGCGAAAAUUUAUCAAACUCUCAGACUCUUGAACUGCGGGCCGACAUGUCGAAAUCCCAAUGCAAUCAUACUAAACGAGCAAUUGUGAAAUCACGGAGUACGAAGUUUGUUAUCGCACUGAAAAGAUUAGCGAGGAAGAAACGUCAAUUUAUUUCUGAUCGAAAUAAUCAUCAAUUGAAUCGUGAUCUUAUCAUUCGAUUAAAAAAGUCUAUGUUCAGAACGAAUACAUAUUUCAGAGAUGAUCUGGAUAAUUCGGAGAGUACAACACCAAAGUCUACAGGAGAAAAUGAAGAAACAUCAGAGGGAAAUCCACAGUCAAGUACUGAAGUUAUGACGUCAAGUGAAGAAUCACCAAAAAAUGAAAGUUCACCUCAAGCAAUGAGUGAAAAUGAAGUGAACUCCGAGAAUAAUGGAAUAGAAAACUUACACAGAAAUGAGACAAAAGUAAUUCCAGCUAUAACUUCUAAUUCUGAAGAUGAUAUAUCAUCUGAUGAGAUAUGGGGAUCAAUGCUGGGUAAUAAUGAAGAAGAAUCAAAUGAAAAGUUAUCAACAAUAGGAAAAAUAAAGAAUUUACUCGCUAAUUCAGGGGAUUACAUGACGGCAGUGUUAUUGAGACUCCUCAAAGAUCGUUUAAACAAAUUCAAUAUCGGAAAACAAUUUUGGGAAAAAGUUAAUAAAAUAUCAUAUGAGAAAAACGUUGAUCGCAGUACAGCUAUGCAGAUAUUGAUGAACAAGUUACAGAAUAUAUUUGGUAAAAAAUUUCGCGAGAAGCUCAUUGCUCUAUUGAAGAAGUUAGUAAAUAGUAUUAAACAAAACUUAUUGGGAACCUUAAACUUCUUUGGAUGAUUAUCAAUUAUCACACAUCACAAAGUUCGCAAAAGUAGAUCAUGACGACAAUGUGACCUGUAAGCCUCGACAUUUCUCCUAUCUUUGACCCUUUAAUUUUAAUUGGACUCUCACGUGAAAUAUAAGUACAUGUCCCAGCACAAAAGCAAAAAAAUUACUGCGGAUAAUGAUGAGAAUUUUUUUUCAUUUCAUUUGUUUUAUUCGUGAUUCUUUCACUUAAAACAGUCUGAAAAUGGAUCCUUUUAAGUAAUUAUUUUUAUUUAUAAUUGGCUGUACGAAAAAAACUGAUGGUAAGUAUUUUAUAAAUACAAAAGCUUGUGUAUUAUAAUGGCCAUUAUAAUAAUUUAGAUCCAACUAGAUCUAAUCAGAUCUUUGAAGACCUGAUUUUUCAAUCAUUUCGAUCUACUAUGAACAAAGUAGAUCUAUUUAAAUUAAUUCAGAUACUUGAAGGUCUUUUUAGAUCUACAAUUUUUGAAAACUUUUUUUAUAAAGCUCCUAAAAAUCGGAGUUUUGAGUUUUUCAGUCUAGUGAUUUCCGAUUUUUUCUCUAGAUCGUAGAUCUAAAAGAUUGAAAAAUCAGACCUCUGCAAAUUUUAACCGAAUGCAGGACUUAGAUCGCCAUCAUUCUUUCCCAGGUAAACAAAACAAUAUAAGUAGUAAUUAUUUAGACGAUAUAAUAUAUUUGUAUAUAAGAAUAUGUAGAUAAAGAAUAAAAAAGUUGUGUUGAUAAUUGUGAUAAAACAGGAAUUUAUUUAAAACAAACAUUUUUCAUGUACUAAAUAAGUAGAGAAGCUAAUAAUCAUUUUGAACAUUUUAGCUCUGUGAAUUACUCUUGAAACUUUUAAUUGUCUUGGUGCUCAUUGAGCUCAGCGGUUUUCCUAACGACGAGCAUUUUCAAGAAGUCGAAAAGUUGAGAUAUUCUAUUUUUAAAAUUAGUCUCUUUGAGUUAAUAGGCUAGCAAACAUGGUGGUGAAAAAUAAAAAAAUUCAAGAUUUCUUAAAAUUAAUUCGAUUUCAAACACAAAUAAAGAAUUAAAUACUGUAUUCUUUUAUCAAAUAAUGAAUCGAUAGAUUAUCAUUAUUUGAUCAGCUCAAUUAUUUCU